AUGCUUACCGAGUCCAAUGGCAGUUCCCAUGUCGGGGGUAACGCACCGAAACUUCGAACCGCUUGUGAAAACUGUAGGCAGUCAAAAGUGAAAUGCAACCUGUCGGGGAAGAAUGUCUGUACGAGGUGUCUGCGACAUGGCUUGCAGUGUCAGUAUGGCUUUGCCAACCGUUCUGGCAAGCCAAAGGGCAGCAAGAAUCGAGCCACGCUCCGCAAGCUGGGCCAACUCCAAGAGGAUAAGUCGCCUGUCCGAGGGUUUCGUGGCAAUCGAAUAGUGCCUCCUGUGGCCGAUCGAGGGUCUCGGGUUCCCACGGAACAUCCAAGUCAUAUGGGAGAUCCAAUGAUGAAUGAUGAUAUGUGCUUGAUACCAGGCCCACCGGUGUUCUGGGAAAGCCCACGAAGCUUUGGUAGUACUACCGCAUUGGACACGCCCAUAUGUCCUUCGAAUCUGGGAACGAUUGACGAUUCACCUUUCACUGAUCUCAUGGAUUCCUGCCCUACAAUGCCUCUUGGUAUGGGAUACCCCCACACACCCGUCACACCCACUUUCCUUCCAUCAGACCCUCUCAUCGAUGGGAUGGCGAGCCCGCCAUUUGGUGGAUCUGUCUCUUCGCCGUACCCAUCGGCAGCCUGUGAAUGUGUAGACAAACAGAUAUUCUAUAUGAACCGAUUGACUCACCUUCUGGCGGAGUCGAUGUCUCUACGAUUUGACAACAGCCUCCAAGCCAUCAAAGCCACAUUUUGUGCAUGUCAAUUCUUCAUGCAGUGCGUCAAGUGCACGAAAGAUAGCGCAAACCUGAUUCUAGUCAUCUCUGUCCUUAACUUGACUCUACAACUGUUCGCGUAUUGGAUCUCACGCGAAGCUUUGCGAAUUCCUCGGGCAGAGCUUGGGGGCGACAUUCGCUAUGGAUAUUAUGAGCUUGGUCAGGAUGAUAACCGACAGAUCCGGGCUUUCUUGCUUCGCAAGUUGCUGCUGCAGUGCAAAGACAUCUUGUCUAUGUUAACGGCCGUUGUCAAUACGGUUUGUCUCGAAACCCCCAAGCUUCUUGAUGGCGAAGGUUCUGCUGAGCCGAGCAUGAGGACUGGAGAUCCUGUCAAUCAGCCUUGGGCUUCAUCGGAGCACUUUGGUGCCAAUUUCUCUCAUCAUCUAGAAUCGGACACGCUGUCUGGCCCUGGAAGUAAUUGUCUGCUGCCUGUCAUUGUUGGUUACGAGGCUACAGUCGAGGCAUUUCUCCAAUCUGUCUCCAGUAAUUGUAUCUGCGGAUCCAAAUACUCGGUACCAGACGAGUCUCUUUGA